UACUUACAUGCUGAUAACUUGACCGUACGUUGGAUUGAAAACUCUUGAAACUGUUAUUGUCGCGGACGACGUUGAACGAACCGAUUUAAUUAACGCGCGUUUAUCCUUAUUUCUUUUAUCGUCCAACCGCAAAAAUGAGACGGAGAGAGGAUCUAACUCCGCCGAGGAGUUUUCUGAUGUCCCCCGUGGACAUGACGACGAUCAAGCAAAGUAUCGGAAGACUCUGGAGGGUAGCUUCGAGGUUAGUGAAUACGCCCGAAGAACACGAGGAUGGCAUUCCUCUUAACGAGGCUCAGCCGUUAGCUCCACCGACCGAAGAGAGAGACCAGUCCGAAGAAACUCCUGUCAACGAAGUUCUGCCGUCGACUCGACUGAUUCCGGCGGGGACCGAGCCAGAAGGAGACUUGCAACAGAUCGUCGUGCAGGACAACGUCGUGACUAGUUCAAGAGCAUCGUCUCCCGUUUUCCAAGCGCGACGUAGGAAAUCAUAUACACCGGCACCGGGUCAGUCUAGACUCGAAUCAUGGACAGGUCAGCUGGAACGGGCAGAUUCGUCGGUAACCAUAGAACCACCAAUAUCGCCGGAAUCACCGCUGAGGGCGCCGGAAAAUUUGCUGGGACCAGCUCCGGGACCACCGAGAACUAAAUCGGACGAGAGAGGCAGAAGCCCGGCGCGAGAGGAAGGUCUACAGCGGCCUGAAACGGACGCACAGACUGUCGGUAACCAAGUGGACCACCAAUCGAGGCCACAUCCCGAGAAUGCACCGGAAAGAGACGACCUUCCAGAAGACUCAGAACUGAGGGAGAUGCCCGAAAGACAGACCAGCUGGUGGCGUGGCACCUGGCGAAUGAAUUCAGUAGCAGAACAAAGGGAACCAAGAAGCCGCUGUACUAUGGUGAUAUUAAUAUCAAUGGCGUGCUUCUUACUUGCGCUAACAGCAUUAUAUACCUGGGUAUUAUUUAGCACAAUAUUUCUUCCCCGUUGGCGAUCAUCGCAAUAAAAAUGACCAUUACGACUAUCAUCCCGCUAUACGACGGGGGCAUAUGAAUAAUUUUUGAAUGAAAAUAAAUUUUUAUUUUUUUAUACUCGAUCGAAUGAAAAAUAUAAA